CCUCCCAGCCCGGCCGGGGCGCGCCCGCCACUGCCCCGGAGCCCGGCGCCCGUGCGCUUCGGGAAAGCGAGUGUGUGGGAGCGACGCGCUGCGGCGGAGCAGGAACGUCCGCACACGGCGUUUUCUCCUCCGCGUCCUUCCCGCUAGUUACGCGUGUUACGGGAAAGAAGUAGCUCUGGCAGGUGGAGUUACUCGCGUUUGUCUUCCGGAAAGCCUGAACUCGCUGAGAAAAACAGCAUUAAGACUGAAUGUUUGGGAGAAGCAGAAAGAAAAGUAUUCUAGCCUCAAAGCAGGGAUUCCUGGGGUUCCGGAGGUGGGGGACUACGGGCGACGCGGCGAAGGACGGGGCUGCCGGUGCCUCGGCGCCCAGCCCCGGGGAAGGCCGGGAGCUGACACCGGCGGGAAACCGGGGAGCAGCGAGCCGGCCUCCGCCGUGGCGCCCGAGUUUGUGGGCGGAGAUGCAUACUCCAGCAGGACCCACCCUUCGCUCGUGGCCAGCUGCUCUGACAUCUUCCGAACCGGUCUCCCUGCCUCUACUCAUCUCCCUGAGACGUAUCCUCAACAGCGACAGAUUUACUGACAAGUCCGAACUGACAAUUACAUCCUCCCACUUGAGAGUCCUAAGGGGAAGGAGGUCCUGCUCUUCCGGGAGAUUUGCUACCAUUUCCUCGGCCUCGCUCUGGGGCAAAGCACCCACCCUCCUCACGAAUCUACGCCCCCAUUAAAGAAUAUCCGCACUUUGUUCCA